AUGCUUGCUCCGAGUUCUGCGAACGUAAGUCUGAGAACCGUGAGCUCAAAUAGGCCUCAACUGCAGCGCACCGAGUCUCAACAGUCUGCUGCUGCAUCUGAUGAUUAUUACUCCUUUUCAGAUCAUACUUCAAGCUCAAGAUCUCCUAGCGGUGGCAGUCGAGUUACCGUUGUGCGGUAUGCUACACCGAAUUCUCAUCCUGUAUCGCGAACUUCCUCACCUGCCCUAUCUCGAACGCAUCUAGCCCCGUCGAUGGCUUCUCAAUCGGAAAAAUUUGGUGGAAGCCAAAGUCAAAAUAGGAGCACCCCUUCCCGAUCUGCUACUGCAGUGCGUAUGGUUGAAGAUAGACCAGUCCAUACGAGUCCUAUGUCCAACAGCACCAGUCGCCAGAUGCCCAGCGACAGCUAUGCUGGACCCGCGCCCACUCCUGGGGUAGACGACUCUCCCUACAUCCGCUUUGCUAUCGGCCAGCUCACCCGCAAUGAAGAAGUCGGUAGCUUAAGCAGGCAAAGUUCGGUCGCAAGUUCGGAGUCGCGUGUUGAGCGUCUCGUGUGGGAUGAGGGGCUUGGGUAUUUCGUUCGUUCGUCUAGUCCUGAAAGGACCGCAACUACACAGCGACCCAGCUCCCAACCAUCAUCUCCCAAGCCAGAAUUCAGACCACCACAGAACUCAGUGGAUCCUGAAUCGUUUCGGCCUGUGGAUCCUCCGGAAGACAGUUUACUCUACCCGUCGCUGGAUUUCGUACCUAUGGUGUUGAGACCCUGGGCGCUAGUUGCGAUAAUAAUUUUCUGUCUGCUUAUGAUCGCUGGUAUUGGGUUCUGUAAUACUUGGUCUCAGAAGCACCAAGGAUUCUGGGACUAUGAAGGUCUGGGAGGCGGGAGAUACUUUGUCGUCCAAUUUCUCCCACAGAUCCUGGCCGUUAUCAUUACGUUUUGGACCUUUGUCAUUCAGGCCGCAGUUUGUCGCACCAUACCAUUUGCGAUCAUGGCAUCUGAACGGCCUCUUGGCCGCGUCCUACAGAUGCUGUCGACUCUUCCCCGGAAUUUCAUGCUACCCGAUCUGUCGCACUUUCGACAUGGUGAAGCUCUAGUCGGAUUUUCCUUGCUAACAAUUUGGCUCUCUAAUCUGAUCUCGUUACCGCUGCUGAGCUGCCUUUUCCAGGCAAAGUGGUAUGUGAUUGACGGGAAAGGAAUGUGGCGAUGGACAUCUGUCAUAAGCAUUGGAUGGGCUCUGAUAGCGAUGUACGGGCUGUUAGCCAUAGGAUUGCUAUUGUUAACACUCCGUUUCGCCAACACCUGGUCUGGCUUGAUGUGGGAUCCAGUCUGUCUGGCCGAUUUGAUCUCAAUUAUACAGCGGUCAAACGUUCUGCGCGAUUUUGAACAGUCCGAGACCGUGCCUGAUGUAGGUGAAACCCUCGAUCCUAAAACACUUCGGCUGGGCUAUUGGCAGCUACCGAAUCGAGAAAACAUUUUCUAUGGUAUCGGUGAAGUUGGCGCGCCAAUCGGGAACCCUUCAUUGCACCGUAUCGAGAAAAACCGCGAGAGGCAAUAUCAGGGCCUAUCGAAAGUGUCGUUCGAUCUCGAGCUGCAGACUAUGGUAGGAAAGGGUGAUUUCGAUGAGCAUCUAUUCUCACCAGCUGUCCGUUAUCGCUGGGUACCGUGGUUCCUUCGAGGAACCUUUGUUGUGGCAUGGACGAUGACUAUCAGCGCCCUCUUUAUUGCAUUUGUGCUUGUCAGCUUUAUCAACGAUGCUAUCAAAGGGGGGUUUCCGCCUCGACUACCAACUUUGCCUUCGACUGGUGCUUUCUCCUCUUCCAACUUCCUGUACAGUUUCAUCCCAUCUCUGAUUGGAAACGUUCUGUUCCUUGCUUGGCAGCCGAUCGACGUCUAUUUCCGUGCAUUGCAACCAUUUGUUGCCCUUUCCCACCCAGACGGAGCACAGGCGGAGCAGACCCUGUUACUAUCUUAUCCGUCAAGGCUUCCUUUUCAAGUCACUGUCCUGGCAUUACUGAAUAAACACUACAAGGUGGCAUGGAUCUCUUUCAUGGCACUUGUCUCGGCUGCGAUGCCUAUUCUGGCUGGCGGUGUUUUCCUCGCAAUGUGGUAUCCUACACAUGAAGAGAUCCGCAUUUCCGCAUUGAUGCCGGCGUUUUAUGCCCUUGUUGCGUUCUGCGCCUUGUACACCGUCUCUUUUUUUGCCAUUUGGCCGCGUCGCUGUCGAUACUUGCCCCACGAUAUCAGCACACUUGCUGAUCAAAUCAGCUUUUUCUACCAAAGUCCUUUACUUGCCGAUAAAUUGUUGCGUGAACCGAGAAGCAAAGCUGACCUUGUUACUCGACUGGUUAUUGCACCUCCUGGAGACCGAGAAUUUCCCACCUAUGGGUUCGGGAUCUUUGUGGGACGCGAUGGAAAGGAGCAUCUCGGAAUUGACCGUUUCCAACGACCUGGCCGAGCUGAUAUGUUGAUUACGACGGGCUCUAUGAAGUAA